AUGACGACCCCAGCCGGUUUUGACCGAGACAGAGUCGGCUCGAUUGCGGCCGCUACAAUGUCUGCGGCCACAACAGGCGCACCCGCGCCAAUUUCGGAGGCCGAGAAACACGCGACUCCACCUGUGGCUUCGAAUGCUCCUGCAAAUACGGUCGCCAAGCCACGCAGCUGUGUCACAUGCCGCCAACGCAAGGUGCGCUGCGACAAGCUGUCGCCCUGCUCCAACUGUCGUCGCGCAGACAUCCCAUGUGUCUUGCCGUCGAUGGAGCGGCCGCCACGCUGGGCCCGCCGCCUGAAGCAGCAGCAGCAACGGCAACAGCAACAGCAACAGCAACAGCAGCAACUACAGUUACGGCAAACGGAGCAUGGGCACCUGCCGGUCGCAGAAUCAUCCUCGCAGAGCCCUCGUCCGAAUGCUGCAUACCUGCCGUCUACGCUCCCGACUGGAAGCCCUCUUGGCAAUCCGGACCCGGCCAACCCGGCGGAUGUCAGUGCGGUCUUGGGUCGGUUGAAACAGCUUGAGGCACUUGUGCGAGAUCUCAGCAGCUCUUCCGGCUCGCCAUCGUCACAGAUGCCCGCUCUGGGCCCCGCCCCGCCUGCAAACACCACUGCCACACCAACUGCUCCCACAACCAGUGCCACCACCGCCUCCUCUCCGCCUGCCGCCGCUUUUGGCACGGUCCCUAUCCAGGAGCGCUUCGGGCGCCUGAUCCUCGACGAAGACGCCUCCAACCGCAGGCGCUAUGUCAGCAGUGGCUUUUGGUCUCGAAUCACUGACGAACUCGACGUGCUGCGUGCCGAAACGGGCAACCUCGCCGAUGGCGAGCACGGCUACUACUCCACGGAUGACGACUCGGACGUGGAUGAGGAUGGUGCCCACGACGGCCACCAGCCUUUCAGCCCAGCCGGCGCUGCGAAUGCCAUGUAUGCCACAAUGGACACGGCAUUGCGGACGGCCGCCGACCGCGGCGCUUUUCUCUUUGGACACAACCUGCAACCGCCUCUCGGCGAUGCAUCACACUACCGGCCGCUGCCAUCGCAAAUUCCCUUCCUUUUCCAGGUCUAUAUUGUUAAUGUCAAUAUGCUUGGCCAGGUUGUGCAUGUGCCCACCAUUAACAAGAUCGUUGCAGGUCUGCUCGGUGACACCACAGCCUCCAUCGAGCAACAGUCUGGGUACCCAAAGCUCUCGCCUGCUACAGAGGCUCUGAUGUUUGCAAUCUACUACGCUGCCAUUGUGUCUAUGGAAGACGAAGAUGUCGUUAAGAAUUUCGCCAUGACGAGCAAAGAGUUGAGUCUCAAGUACCGGAUGGGUCUGGAGCUGUCGCUGGCAAAGGCCAAUUUCCUGGACAGCUUCGACUUGGAAAUUGUGCAAGCCCUGGUUAUCUUCCUGAUGUUGUGCCGCCGCUAUGAUAGCCCGCGCUUCGUCUGGAUGAUGACAGGCCUUGUCAUCCGCAUGGCAAAGGGUUUGGGUCUGCACCGUGAUGGCUGCAACUUUGGCGGGUCUCUUUCUGCUUACGAAGUUGAAAUCCGUCGGCGCGUUUGGUGGACCGUCUGUGCCAUUGACGUUCGCUCAGCCGAGGACCAGGGCACUGACUUGACCAUUUCACCAAACGACUUUGAUACGCGGCUGCCUCUAAACAUUAGCGACAACGACAUCAGUCAAGACUCUGACGUCACGGACCCCCCAGCCGUGCGCGACGAGCUGACCGACGUAACCUAUGCACUGCUGAAUUUUGAGGUGACACGCCUUGCCCAGCGCAUGAUGGCGUCUGCCGCCGCCGCAUCCAAGGAGAACGGUCCGCGGGGCGACGAGUUGCUUGAUGAGCAGAACCGCAUGCUCGACGAAGUCUACCAGAAACUGGAAUCUGUGUACCUGCGCCACUCGCCAGACACAACAAGCGUCAUCUACUGGACUAGUAUUACCAUCACCCGUCUCUUCUUGGCAAAGAUGACGCUUAUUUUGAACCUUCCGAGGCUGAUCCACGAGAGGAAGGACUCGGACGGCGCCAGCCCCAGAGAAAAUGAAGAUCUGCGUAUACGAUUGCUCUCGUCGGCCAUUGAAGUCGCCGAGUACAACGAUGCACUCAAGUCGGAGCGUGCAUGCCGUCGCUGGCGCUGGCUUUGUGAAACAUAUACACAGUGGCAUACAAUUGCCUAUUUACUAAUAGAAACAGGGCGCCGGCCAUGGGACCCUGCCGUCGAGCGUGCCUGGGUGGCUCUGCAUGGGCCCCACCUGAUUCCAGCCCCCCCAUCUUCUGCUUUAAAGCAGCAACAGCAACAGCAACAGCAACAACUACACCAGCUAGCGGAACCUCAAGGACCAGCCCGGCCUGUUGAUUCCCGUGCCGCAAGUAUUGGGGCUGCUAGUUCUGGGGGUGCUAGCACUACCAACUCGAAUAAAAGUAGCAAAAGCAACAAGAGCAACACCAGCACGGACAGCAGUACACAAUUUUUUUGGUUGCCCUUGCGGCGGCUAUUGGCUCGUGCUCGCCGUCAUCGUGCGUCGGAACUUACGCGACUACGUGCCGACACUCGAGCAGCACGGUCGUUGGAGAUUGCCUAUGACAUCGCCGUCGCUGAUGGUCGCAGCCGGCCACUUUCCAACCCAGGUGCCGUGGAUGCCUUUCGAGUCCGUUGGCGGCGCCUCGUCGGGCUAGAGGGCGGGGCCGAUGCUUCUCAAGCAUUGUCCACUUCCAAAUCGCCCGCUGCGGCUGCGGGCACUGAUAUAACAUCCAGCAACACUUUAAACACACCCGAUUUUCAGAGUGGCGUGCCCUCGUCAGGUCAUGUCUCGAGUGAAUCGUCUAUAAGAGGUCUGCGCAACUUUGGAGACCUAUCCGAGGCCGAGUACGCGAGCGUCAGCUUCCCGGCCCCCAAUAGUGUGGACGCAUUCAUACUAAACACCGCUGGUCAGACGCCUCAGCAGCAACAGCAGCACUAUCCACGAGAACAGUUUGCUGCUCCCGUUGGGAAUAAACAGGAUCUUGGCAGCUCCGGCCCGCUUUGGAACAACUUCGAUCCCUGGCAGAUCUGGGGUACCACAGAAUCAACCGGCAAUUCUAUUGCGCAGGACAGUACCGCUUCAAGCAACUUUGUUAAGAAAACACCCCUGAUGUUUGACGAUGACCUUGAGAUCGACGUGGACGUUGAGCCAAACAUUGACUGGGAUCACUGGUUUUCAGCGUCAAAGGGCUUUUGA